AUGCGAGCCUCACGAGUUCCUCCAGAUGGAGGCUAUGGAUGGGUUGUUGUGGCCGGUUGUGCACUAGUGAAUGUGUUCAACCAAUCCUUAGUGUCGGUAUUCGGUCUCAUGUUUGCCGAUUACCUCGCAAGCCUGGGAGAGCACGCCUUUGGAGCCGCGCUGGUGAUGAACGUAUGCAAUAUUUCGCUCAACUUUUCCGGCCUAAUCACCGGCCCCAUCAUCAAGAAAUUUAAACCAAGAAAGGCCGCCAUUUUGGGGAGUGUUCUAACGGGCAGUGCGCUAACUUUAUGCUCGUACAGUACCAAACUGUGGCAGAUUGUGCUUUCAUACAGUGUGACCUUUGGCUUUGGCCUUGGGUUGAUACAGUCGUCCACAUUCGUCGCUCUCAAUUCUUUCUUUCGCAAUCGGAAGGGCCGUGCGGUGGGCUUUGCUCUAGCAGGCACAGGAGUCGGUCAGAUUUUGAUGCCAUUGCUAGUGCAAUACCUUCUAAGAAACUUUAAUUUUAGGGACACAACUCUCAUCAUCGGUGGGCUAGCAUUUAAUGGGGUGGUAGGUGCCUGCUUGCUCCAACCGGUAGAAUGGCACAUGAAGGAAAGUGUGGCGGAAGAUGAUCGGGAAAGGCAACCACUGCUAGCCGUAGAUAAAUCAACGCAACCGUCCAAUGCAUCUUCUUGUACAAAACCUUCCUGUGGCUGGGCGAAGUUAGCUGCCCUGAUGGAUUUUGCUAUCCUCAAGCAAGUGUCGUUUUUGAACUUGAUCGUUGGUCUAGGGCUUGCAUAUACAGCGUCAACAAGUUUUUCCUUAUUUUUCCCUUACUUUCUGCAGAAAUCCGCCAAUCUAACCAUGCUUGAAGCGGCCAACUGCAUGUCCGUCCUUUCCACGACUGAUCUUAUAACGAGGAUAACUGUUCCUGCGUUUGUGGACAAAAUGCAGUUUUCGCAUCGGACCACCUUCCUGAUAGCGGGUAUCUGUCUGGUAGUAGCUCGAUCCGUCAUGGCCGAGAUGCGCUCUUUGAUACCGCUUAUGAUCACGUCAGCUUUUUACGGUAUCUUUCGCUCAAUCACGAUCGUGAAUCAGAACCUAACCGUAGCGGAAUAUUGCAGCGAGCGACGAAUCGAAAAAAUGCUCCCGAACGCGCUUGGCUUUAAUAUGGUAACGAAAGGCAUGCUGGUGAUGAGUCUCGGACAAAUACUUGGCUGGUUUGCAGACUUUACUGGUAGUUACUCGUUAAAUUUGCACGCCCAGAAUCUGCUGCUCGUCACGACCUGUGUUCUUUGGUUGUGUGAAAUGUACUUCAAAGACGAUACAUAA